AUGGCGACGGACGGCGCGAGCUGCGAGCCCGACUUGUCCCGCGCCCCGGAGGACGCCGCUGGGGCCACGGCGGAGACAGCGAAAAAAGAAUUUGAUGUGGACACACUCAGUAAAUCAGAGCUGCGGAUGCUCCUCAGCGUGAUGGAAGGGGAGCUAGAGGCCAGAGACCUGGUCAUUGAGGCCCUGCGGGCUCGCCGGAAGGAGGUGUUUAUCCAGGAACGGUAUGGAAGGUUUAAUCUAAAUGACCCGUUCUUGGCGCUCCAGAGAGACUAUGAAGCAGGUGCUGGUGACAAAGAGAAGAAGCCAGUUUGUACUAACCCCCUGUCCAUCCUUGAAGCAGUCAUGGCCCACUGCAGAAAAAUGCAAGAAAGGAUGUCCACCCAGCUGGCUGCCGCUGAGAGCAGACAAAAGAAGCUGGAAAUGGAAAAGCUUCAGCUACAAGCUCUUGAGCAAGAGCACAAGAAGCUGGCUGCCCGGCUCGAGGAGGAGCGGGAGAAGAACAAGCAGGUGGUCCUGAUGCUGGCAAAGGAGUGUAAACAGCUCUCAGGCAGAGUCAUAGAGGAAGCCCAGAAGCUGGAAGAAGUAAUGACCAAACUGGAGGAGGAAAAGAAAAAGACAAAUGAAUUAGAAGAGGAACUCUCAGCUGAGAAGCGACGAAGCACAGAAAUGGAAGCUCAGAUGGAGAAACAACUCUCUGAGUUUGAUACCGAGCGGGAACAGCUUCGUGCCAAGCUGAACCGAGAAGAAGCGCACACUACUAACCUCAAAGAAGAGAUAGACAAGAUGAAGAAAAUGAUCGAGCAGCUGAAGAGAGGAAGCGACAGCAAACCAAGCCUUUCCCUCCCACGGAAGACAAAAGAUAGGCAUUUGGUUUCCAUAUCUGUAGGAACAGAAGGACCUGUGACAGAGUCUGUUGCUUGUCAGACUGACCUACUGACAGAAAGCACUGACCAUGUGAAGAAGGUGCCUUUGACCAUGCCUGUAAAGCCUUCUGCAGGGAGCCCCCUCAUUUCUGCAAAUGCAAAAGGAAAUGUGUGCACCAGUGCCCCAUUGGUCAGACCGGGCAUUGACAGGCAGGCUUCCCAUGGGGACUUGGUCAGCUCCUCUCAACCUACACUUCCACCUCCAGGUACAAGCAGGAUUGAGGAAAAUGGACCGAGCUCUGGCUCAAUGCCUGAUCUAUCAAGUAGCACACCCUCACUUCCCAGUAGCUCUACCCCUCCCACUGCUCAGACACCAGGCCCCACUCCCCAGACCUAUUCACAAGCUCCACCUAUGCAUAGUUUACAUUCACCAUGUGCCAAUGCAUCUUUGCAUGCAGGUCUAAACCCACGGAUCCAAGCCGCUAGAUUCAGAUUUCAGGGGAAUGUUAAUGACCCAGAUCAAAAUGGAAAUACUACACAAAGUCCUCCAUCAAGAGAUAUCUCUCCUACCAGUCGUGACAGUCUAGUGGCCAAACAGCUGGCUCGGAAUACUGUGACCCAAGCACUGUCAAGAUUUACAAGCCCUCAAGCAAGUGCUCCCCCUAGGCUUGGAGCAGCCUCUGCAGGGGACGGUGGGACCCAUCCUCCAGUCGGUCGAGCCAGUUUAAAGACUCCUGGUAUACCACGUGUUGACAGAGGAAAUCCUCCUCCUAUCCCUCCAAAAAAGCCAGGGCUCUCCCAGACUCCUUCUCCACCACAUCCCCAACUCAAGGUUAUCAUGGAUAGCAGUAGGGCCUCAAAUGCAGGGGCCAAAGUUGAUAACAAAAGUGUGGUUUCACCUCCCUCCAGUCUGCCACAAGGGAACAGGGUAACAAAUGAGGAGAAUGCCCCUAAGUCAUCCUCCCCUCAGCUGCCACCAAAACCAUCCAUAGAUUUAACUGUGGCACCUACAGGCUGUACAGUUUCAGCCCUGGCCACAUCUCAGGUGGGUGCCUGGCCUGCUGAAGUCCCUGGACUGAGCCAACCUGCAUGUUCAGACAGUUCCCUUGUCGUUCCCACCACCAUUGCCUUUUGCUCUUCCAUAAGCCCUGUUAGUGCCUCAUCCCAUAGACCAGGUGCCUCAGACAGCCUCCUGGUAACAGCAUCAGGCUGGUCACCCUCCCUAACCCCUUUGCUAAUGAGUGGUGGUCCUGCCCCCCUGGCUGGCAGGCCCACCCUUCUUCAGCAAGCUGCUGCCCAGGGAAAUGUCACUUUAUUAUCAAUGCUGCUUAAUGAAGAAGGACUGGACAUUAAUUACUCCUGUGAAGAUGGCCAUUCUGCCUUGUAUUCUGCUGCUAAGAAUGGACAUACAGAUUGUGUGAGAUUGCUGCUGAAUGCAGAAGCCCAAGUCAAUGCUGCCGAUAAAAAUGGCUUCACACCUUUGUGUGCUGCAGCUGCUCAGGGACAUUUUGAGUGUGUAGAAUUAUUAAUUGCAUAUGAUGCUAACAUUAAUCAUGCUGCUGCUGGAGGACAGACACCUCUAUACCUGGCCUGUAAAAAUGGAAAUAAAGAAUGUAUUAAACUCUUAUUGGAAGUUGGCACUGACCGGAGUGCAAAAACCAGAGAUGGCUGGACACCAGUUCAUGCAGCUGUGGACACUGGUAAUGAGGAAAGCCUGAAGCUUCUUAUGUUCCACAGAACACCAGCUCAUGGAAACUCUCAGAGUGAGGAGGAGCCUGAGCCUGCCUUCUGUGCCUUGGAUGGAGGAGAAGAGAGUCCUGAAGACACAUCCAAGCCUGUUGUUCCUGCAGACCUCAUUAACCAUGCUGACAGAGAGGGCUGGACUGCUGCCCAUAUUGCUGCUUCAAAAGGUUUCAAGAAUUGCCUAGAAAUCUUGUGCAGGCACGGAGGGCUCGAGCCAGAGAAGAGGGACAAGUGCAAUCGGACUGUGCAUGAUGUUGCCACUGAUGACUGCAAGCAUUUGCUGGAGAAUCUGAACGCUCUUAAAAUACCCUUAAGGCUUUCUGUGGGUGAGAUUCAACCAGGCAACUAUGAUUGUGAUGACUUCGAAUGUGAAAACACAAUAUGUGCUUUAAAUAUCCGCAAACAGACAUCAUGGGAUGAUUUUUCUAAAGCAGUGAGUCAAGCACUGACAAAUCAUUUCCAAGCCAUCUCUUCUGAUGGAUGGUGUAGUCUGGAAGACAUGACAUUUAAUAACACCACUGAUUCCAACAUCGGCCUUGGUGCAAGCAGUGUGCGAUCCAUCACACUAGGAAAUGUGCCAUGGCCGGCCAGUCAGAGCUGCACCCAGUCGCUGUGGGACUUUGUGAAGAAGAACAAGGCCGAGCACGUCACAGUGUAUUUGUCAGGCCCCCUAGAAGGCUGCCUCAGUAGUGUGACUUAUGCUUCCAUGAUCCCUCUUCAGGUGCUACAGAACUACCUCAGGCUGGUCGAGCAAUAUCAUAACGUCAUUUUCCACGGCCCAGAAGGAAGCUUGCAAGACUACAUAGCGUAUCAGCUUGCACUUUGCCUGAAGCACAGACAGAUGGCUGCAGGAUACUCCUGUGACAUAGUGAGAGCUGAAGUAGAUGCCAGUUUCUCCAAGGAACAUCUAGUAGACCUGUUCAUCAGUAGCGCUUGUCUGAUCCCAGUGAAACAAUCUCCUGUUAAAAAGAAAAUCAUCAUCAUCUUAGAGAAUUUAGAGAGAUCUUCAUUGUCUGAGUUAUUGGGAGACUUUCUGGCACCUCUUGAAAAUCGAAACACUGAAAGCCCAUGGACUUUUCAAAAAGGAAAUGGGACAUCCGAAUGUUACUACUUUCAUGAGAACUGCUUUCUGAUGGGAACCAUCACCAAGGCCUGCCUCCAGGGCCCCGACUUGGUGGUACAGCAGCACUUCCGUUGGGUUCAGCUGCGAUGGGAUUGCGAGCCCAUGCAGGGCCUGCUGCAGAGGUUUCUACGGAGGAAAGUGGUGAAUAAGUUCAGAGGUCAGGUGCCCUCGCCCUCUGAUCCUACAUGCAGGAUUGUAGACUGGGUUCUGUGCGUCUGGCGUCAGCUCAACUCCUGUCUGGCCCACUUGGGCACACCUGAAGCUCUUCUUGGGCCAAAGCAUUUCCUGUCUUGUCCUAUAGUCCCAGGACAUGCCCAGGCGACAGUGAAGUGGAUGUCUAAGCUGUGGAAUGCCAUCAUCGCACCCAGAGUUCAAGAAGCGAUAUUAUCAAGAGCCUCUGUGAAAAGACAACCUGGCCUUGGGCAGACAGCUGCUAAAAAGCACCCUAGCCAAGGACAGCAGGCUGUGGUUAAAGCUGCUCUCAGCAUCUUGCUUAAUAAAGCUGUUCUGCAUGGCUGUCCCCUCCCCAGGGCAGAGCUAGGCCAGCACACAGCUGAUUUCAAAGGAGGAAGUUUCCCUUUAUCCAUAGUUUCCAGUUACAGCAAGAAGAAAGGAGAGAAGAGUGGUGCUUGGAGAAAGGUGAACACCAGUCCUCGCAAGAAGCCCAGCCGCUUCUCAGCACCCCCCUGGCAUAAGCUGGACCAGAGUCGUGAAGGUAUAAAAAAUAUGACUAUAUCACAGCUGAAUUGUGACAGGAAUGCUUCUCUGUCAAAGCAAAAGUCCUUAGAGAAUGAUCUCUCAUUGACAUUGACUUUGGAUCCAAGACUUUCUCUGGGUUCAGAUGAUGAAACAGAUCUUGUCAAGGAACUUCAGAGUAUGUGCUCUAGCAAGUCUGAAUCUGACAUAAGCAAGAUUGCUGAUUCCAGAGAUGACUUAAGGAGGUUUGAUAAUUCAGGAAACAACUCUGAAUUUUCAGCACCUGUUAAUAAUCCAGAAAUGCCAGCAUCACCAAAGGAGACCCGUCCUCCCAGCAGCCAUCAAACUACCGAAUGCAGCAACAGUAAAUCAAAGACUGAGUCGGGUGUCUCAAGAGUUAAAUCUUUUCUUCCUGUUCCUCGAAGUAAAGCCGGCCAAUGUUCCCAGAACACCAAAAGAAGCAGCAGCAGCAGUAAUACAAGGCAACUCGAAAUCAACAACAACUCCAAAGAAGAGAAUUGGUACCUACACAAACAUGAACAAGUAGAAAAACCUAACAAAUAGGCCUGCCUACAAUAUUCUCACUUCUGUAUAUUUCACACAGAAACCAAGGACAACAAGAUUGUAAAUACCUUCAGAUGUUUUCAUUGUAAUAUAAAGUAUGAGUGCAGGACCACUAUUCAAGUUUUUGUAAAGAAUGUAUUUAUAACCAACAUUUUUUUUUAAUUCUGUAGGAUUGAACUUCAAUACCAAGAAGUUAUGCCAACUUUUCAAAUAAUUUUAUAAUAGAAACCUUGAAAUAGUUUUAAUCAAAAUGUUCAGGGGUAUUAGAGCUGUCUGUGUACUGUACAUUGCAAUCUAUACAUAUGUAUAUAUGUGUGUGUAUAUAUAUAUAUAUAUAUUUAAGGAAUUCCACAAACCCUAUUAUACACGUUACAAAAUGUGUACAACAUUGGUUUAGCUAACAUGUAC